AGUUGGGAUUUGGUGGGGCAAAGUGUUCAUGAUGUUCUUAAAGACUAUCAGCAUUUGUGCUUAACUCACGGGCGGAAGAGGAGGGCGUCCGGGGUGCUAUGUGAUAAAAAGGUGCCUCUUAAGCUUAAAGGAAAGUUCUACCGUACUGCUGUUAGGCCGGCUAUAUUAUAUGGGACCGAGUGUUGGGCCGCAAAGGGGCAACAAGAGAAAAAACUUCAUGUAGCCGAGAUGAGGAUGUUACGGUGGAUGUGCGGACACACGAUAAAAGAUCGGAUUAGAAAUGAUUGCUUCCGAGAAAGUGUGGGGGUUGCACUUAUUGUGGAGAAGUUGGUUGAGUCCCGUCUUAGAUGGUUUGGGCAUGUGUGGAGGAGACCGGCUGACGCACCGGUGAGGAGGGUCGAUGAGAUGGAGGUUACUGUGGGAGCUAGAAGGAGAGGAAGGCCUCGAAAAACUAUAGGGGAAACAGUGCUAAAGGACAUGGAGAUCAAUGUCUUAUCUAGAGAGAUGAUUUAUGAUAGAUCCCUAUGGCGUCGUAUGAUCCAUAUAGCCGACCCCACCUAG